ACAGCGCGGAAGUACCCGUGUUGGAGAAAUAUCAAGUGCAGUUUCUUGACGGAGCGCAAGCAACGAGCUGGGUUGUUGUGAAGAAUGAUUAGACUGAAGAAUACUUUAGUGCCGUCCCGUCAAUAGACUUCAACUGGCUGAAUUGCAUUUCAGGAUGAGCUGAAAGAGCGCCAAGUCAGAUCCACUUCAGUCCCCCCAUCCCCUUCUCUCUUUCUCUUUCCGUUCUCUCUUCGUCUGUGUCUCUUUCCCUCUCUCUAUCCCUCCCUCUCUCCCUAUCCUUCCGUACACACAACACCAGCAUCUCUCCCGUCUAUCUCCACCCCACUGCAUCCACCCACACCAUCACUACCUCCAUCAUGAAUGACAAGUUGGUGUUCCUGGGCCUGCUUUACUUUAUCCAGGGCAUCCCCUACGGCCUCCAGUCCUCCCUGCUUCCUGUUUACCUGCGGGGGGCCGGCCAGUCCCUCACCCGCAUCAGCCUCACCAAGGCUCUCUUCUUCCCCUGGGUCAUCAAGGUGCUCUGGGCCCCAUUGGUGGACCGGGUAGGCAGCAAGCGGUGCUGGCUGGUGGGCACUGUGACAGGGCUGUCCCUGACGUGCAUGGCCUGCGCCACACUCUCCCCGGACAUGCAGUUCACGGGCGUGUGCUGGGGGUUGCUGGCCAUGAACAUCUUUGCGUCAGUGCAGGACAUUGCGGCGGACGGGGCGGCCGUGAGACUGCUGAGGGGACAGGGGGAGCUGGGGCUGGGCAACACCGUGCAGGUGGUGGGAUACAAGGCAGGCUCUGUGUUUGCGGGCGGUGGGCUUUUGGCUGUGAUCGACACGGCCGGCUGGGGCUGGAUGUUCGGCCUUUUGUCGUGCGUGUACGGAGGGGUGUCACUGUACGUGUGGGGCGCCCCUGCUCUGGAUGGCGAGCUGAACAGGCCGGCUGGGGAGGGCAGCCGGCGGGCAUCCAAGGACGCCCUCAGGCCCUGGAGGGUGUGGAGGAAGCUGAUGUCAGUGCCGGGCACGCCAUGGACCGUCCUCUACGUCCUCACCUACAAGCUGGGUGAGCAGGGAGCCAUCAGCAUGUUCCCUCUGUUCCUGCUGGACCAUCACAUGACCUCUCGAGAGCUGGGGUUCUGGAAUGGAAUCAUUGCCAUGGGAUUCUCCAUCGCUGGCUCCUCAUUGGCUGGCCUGCUGCUCUCGCAGCACAGUAUUGGCCUGCUGCUGCGGCGUGCGUUUGUGAUGCGGACGGUAGGGAUGAUCUUCCAGAGCACUCUGCUGACCGUACUGGAGCCAUCAACACUCAUGAAAGGUAUGUCAGUGUUGAGUCUCAGUGCCCAGCAUUUCCUGGGAGGCCUCAUCACCACCCUCACAUUCACCAUCAUGAUGCACUGUACACAGAAGGCGGAGGAGAGCAUACAGUCUACGCACUACAGUUUCCUGGCCACUCUGGAGGUGCUGGGCAAGCUGAGCUUCAGCACCCUGGCGGGGGGCCUGGUGGACACGGUGGGCUACGCCAUCGCCUACCUGCUCUUCCUCUCGCUGUCCGCCGCCUCCGCACUACAGGUAUGGAGGGCCACUACGACAGGGGCCCUUAAAGAGCCCACAGCAGCCUCAAGCAGCAGCAGCAGCACCAGCCACACCGACAAGUGAUGAAGACCAUGUGACACUUCUCAUCACUAUACUGUACUUACUUAUGAGGGGUGUGUGUGUGUGUGUGUGUGUGUGUGUGUGUGUGUGUGUGUGUGUGUGUGUGUGUGUGUGUGUGUGUGUGUGUGUGUGUGUGUGUGUGUACAUGUAUGCACCUGUGUUCCAGUGUAUAUUGCUGGGAGUCCUGAAUGUUUGUGCGUGGGUGUGUGUUCCUAUCUAUGUGGCAGGAAGGGCUUGUGGAAUGUGUGUGUUUUAAGAAAAAGAAACAAAUCAAAUAAUAAUAAAGAAUGGGGCUAAAAACACAAGAAAAAAGGAAACAAAAACCGCCAGCACAGCCUUCUAAAAUACAAUAAUAUUGUUUGCGAAUGCAAGUAACCAGCAUUUAGUCAUCAAAGCUCUCCUCAGGAAACCCAUUUCUGAGAAAAAAACAAACAAACUAACAAACAAACGAAAACAAAAAAAAACAAGCAACCAAAAUCGAUGGGUUUGCAUUUGCGCUGUUGGUCACGACCUUACUGUACGAAUACAAGGCACGCAGUUGAGUUUUGCAGUGUUAAUUCAGCACAUAGAGAGUAGGACAAGCCGUGUUGAAUUGAAUUCUCUCGUACUUUUUACAGGUCGUCGUUGCUAACCAGUUAGCAACCUAGUCGUGUGUCUGUGGGGAAUUGCAUUGCAACCAAAGACGUUGCUAACGACGCUGUUUCCCAAAAAAUGCACAUUUUUAGCUUGAACACGUCAGUUGGUGCGAGAUAAGGUGUGGGAGCGGAAAUGGGCACCUGCCUGGUUCUCUGUCGGUUUGAACACCCUAGAAAAGUGGGUCUUCCCCCAUGCCCCCACUCCCCCAACUCUGCCUGGAUCUGGACUGCAUAAAGCAGGCUGUCUGAGUACACCAAUACUAUUGUACUCUGAUAUACUGCUAUUAGUAUACUUAUACUGCUAUACUAAUGUACUAACACACACACACAGACACACAGGUGACACACAGGCGACCAACACUGUGAGUGUUAAAUUGGACUCUCUUUGUGCUGAAUUAACAAUGCAAACCCCAUGACCUUUGACCUCCACCUGGACUACCUCCCAGUUAGCGCUUCAUAGUUCAGCCUGGCAGACACUGUAGGCUGCAUGACUGGUAGUCUGCCUUGUUAACCAACAGAUAAUCAAAUAUUAAACAAACGCUGUGCAAUAUAACCGGCGGUGACGCUAUCUUGGCAAGCAGACCAUGAAGGUGCUGUUGGGCUUUGUGGAGGUUUGCUCUCUCUCUCUCUCUCUCUCUCUCUCUCUCUCUCUCUCUCUCUCUCUCUCUCUCUCUCUCUCUCUCUCUCUCUCUCUCUCUCUCUCUCUCUCUCCACAGCAAACAGUGAAUCCCUUCUACAAUGUAAUUAGAGAUCUAAAGCAUGUUUUAUAGUUUACUGUAUACAGUCCUCACAUCAUUUUUCAAUUUUAGCACAAAAAGAGAGAACAGCUUAACUAUAUCUUUCUAUGAGUUGCAGGCAAUUGGAGCUGCUGUAUAUCACCAAUCCCAUGUGUUAGCUGUAUUAUGUAGUUUCCCACCUGCACAAUAGUUAUUCAUAGUUAUUCAUUUAUUAACAGUUACUCCCUGGUGUGAAUAUGUGUAAUCCACAUCAUUUCAAACAAAAUACACAGUGUGCUGGCUGUAUUUACAUGUAUGUACUACUUGUAUGGCAUCAUGUCUGAUUACCCAAUACUGUGUCACUUCAACGAUAUGAAUCACCUUCAACUAUUUGAAUCAUUGAUCCCUCAGGUUAUGGAGUUGUGUACUUCACUCAUUGAUGAUCUGUGGCUCUUGAUGCUAGUCAUGGGGUGUGUUUCUCAAAGUGUCGUUGCUGACUAUAUUGGCAACCUAGUUGGUUGCAGUGCUGUAUUCCAUUGGUGUUAACCAACUAAAUUGCUAACUGGUUAGCCUCGAUGCUUUUCAGAAAUGGGCCUUCAGCUGUCUAGUCCAGUGCUUCCCGAAUACCCUUUGAAACAAAAUUUCCAGCCAAGUUCACAAUUGAAAUAAACAGGCAAACAUUGCCAUGUGCUUUUGUCUGUAUUGUUUCGAAUAUUGCAUUAGCACUUUUGUGUAAGUCUACGAAGCGGUCAACCAGCCUACAUUCAUUGGAUUUUAUUUUCUUCUCAUGUACCUUCUACAGCACGUCACUUACCCCUACCACAGUUUGGGAAACACUGGUCUAGCCUAUUGCCUAGCCAGGAUAGAUGGGAGUGUAUUAAGUAUAUCCAGGGUGCGAUUUGUAGGGGGGGAUGGGGGGAAUUGUCCCCCCUUCUGGCUUUGAUAUCGCCACGUUUUCUAUAUAAUUUUAAUCACAGUUAAAUGAAAUUCCAUUGAUAUUGCUUAAAAUCUGAAACAUAUCCCCCCUUCUGGUUUUGUAAACAAAUAGCACAUUGAGUAUAUCACUGUUGUGUUCAUCCUCGGCAGGAUAAACCAUAGUAGUAGUAGUGUGCGUCCUAGCAAGGGUAGAUAGGAGCACACAUACCUUGACAAACAAUGUAAUAUGCUGUAAUGAUGCUCCCAGGGAUGGUUAGCUAGCAAAUGUGAUGUGCGAUAGCCAUACUUGAAGAUGUUUGCUGAACUCAGUGUAUGUAGAACCUCUGAGGCAAAUGUUGUUAGUCCGCUAGACUUGGCUUUAGCGUUGGAGCUAAGUGUCGCAGGUGGUGCCAAAUUGAUUUAAACAUCCCUAAAAUAUGAUGCGUUACAAGAUAUUGAAAGAGCCAGUGUUGUGAACUGAACAAUGAGUUGUAAUGCUUAUUUGUUUUUGUUUUUUUGUUUUGUUGUUUUUGGUUUGUUUGUUUGCUAAUAGGUGGUACGAUGGUGUCUGUGAUUGUGUGUAUGUUUGCGUUUGUGAGAAAUAUGGUGGUGCUGUGAGUUUGAGUGUUACACACACAGUUUAUACUGAAGCUAUGCAGUAGUGUGGUGAUGCAUUCCAUGAGCCAUGUGUGAGUGUGAAUUCACACACAUCUCGUUUCCUUUGUCCUAAUGUUUUAUAUAUAAAUUUGUUUACUUUUAAGGCCUUCCAGGGUUUACUCAUAUUUUGUAUGAAAGCAGCAGACUUGGCCCUGCACAGUUCUUUUGAAGACAGUUUUCUGGGUGUCUGUCACAAUGUUAAGAACCAUUGAAAAGAUGAGCGUCGGCUGUGCCUUAGCACACAGUAGGCAGUAGUUGUGUCAUGAACUGCGCAGGUCUAUGACACAAUGACCUUAAACACCUGAUUGUGCCGGGAUAAAACAGCGUUCAACUGGAGUGAACAUGAAUAGAGAAUGAACAGUACCCUUCUUGUCUCAGCUGUGCUGCAGUUUUUUUUAUUUUUUGCUGUUGUCGCUUCUGUAUUAAGGCAUUAAAUGUCAAAUUUCACGCAUUGCAAUUUCGGCGAGGUCUAGUCAAUAGAAACCAGUGUUUAAAAAUACAAGACUAGGAGGCGAUGAAACCAGCAGUGGGUUCAAAUCUGGGGUCCAGACACCAGAUCUGGGCUCGUGUGAAAAUCAGCAGCCGGCUCGAGCACAGUGAAGGUCUCUGUUAUUGAUGAAUUUGCAAUAAUGUGAAUCUCUCUCAUUCAUCAAUACAAGCUUUCUUUUUAAGUAAAGCACACACAAUACCCUGCCUCUGUAAAGGGGCAUGGUACAAGAAUAAAGCUUCUACUAAUAUGA